AAUGGAUUCGUCAAAUAACAGUGAUUCUGGAAUUGAUCAAUUGGAAGCAGAAUAUGGAAGAUUUCUGGAUGACUAUGCAAAAAACUAUGAUAAUUACGAUAGUCAAGCUACAAAUGAAACUGAUGAGGACAUAUCACAUAUUGAUAACAACAUAUCACAGUGUACUGAUAAUGUGUUCGGUCAAUCAUUGGGUAGAUUGUCAAUUACCGGUCAAUUCACUAAAAUAUAUAUUUUUGAAUUGACUCUUGGUGAAUUAAACAAGGCUAAAAAAACUGGAUUUACAUUACCUUCUGAAUUUAGCAAUUAUGUAAGGCAAUACAAUUUUCAUAAGUUGGUUCUGGAAGUACCAAACAAGAGCAGUUCAAUUGUUCACUUACAAAUUCCGGAAAAUCAUUCAGAGAAUGUCAAGAUUGCCAGAGGAUGGAAAAAUUUCUGCUUCGACAACAAUAUUAAAUUAGGAGAUAGAUUAAGUUUUGAAUUCAAAGAUAUCACCUUAAAUGUUUGUCAGCUUUCCGUAGUUUAGACCAAGUUUUAUGCUACAACACUAAGCAACUUUAUGAGAUGAUUUAUUUUAAGACAAAUUAUGUUAUUUUCUUAGUAUUUCAUAUUCCGUCAUAAGGUUGUAAUGAAUUUUAUCUUAACUUAUUAAUGGAUUAUACUAU